CCCCCGGAGCCGCCGGUCCCCCGGGCCGCCCCGGGGCCGCCGGGCGCGCCAUGAAGCCGGCGCGGCUGCUGCUGCUGCUGAGCGGGUGCGCGCUGCUGCUGGCGCCGGCCGUGCGCGGCUGCGGGCCGGGCAGGGUGGUGGGCAGCCGCCGCCGCCCGCCCCGCAAGCUCAUCCCCCUCGCCUACAAGCAGUUCAGCCCCAACGUCCCCGAGAAGACGCUGGGGGCCAGCGGCCGCUACGAGGGCAAGAUCGCGCGUAACUCGGAGCGCUUCAAGGAGCUCACGCCCAACUACAACCCCGACAUCAUCUUCAAGGACGAGGAGAACACCGGCGCCGACCGGCUCAUGACCCAGCGCUGCAAGGACCGCUUGAAUUCCCUGGCCAUCUCUGUCAUGAAUCAGUGGCCGGGGGUGAAGCUGCGGGUGACAGAGGGCUGGGACGAGGACGGGCACCACUCAGAGGAGUCUCUGCAUUACGAGGGCCGAGCUGUGGACAUCACGACCUCAGACCGGGACCGCAACAAGUACGGCAUGCUGGCUCGCCUGGCCGUGGAGGCUGGCUUCGACUGGGUCUACUACGAGUCCAAGGCGCACAUCCACUGCUCCGUCAAGUCAGAGCACUCAGCCGCUGCGAAGACGGGGGGCUGCUUCCCCGGGCGGGCGCUGGCGACGCUGGAGGACGGUGCCCAGACGCCACUGUGGGCGCUGCGCCCGGGUCAGCGGGUGCUGGCGAUGGACGGAGCAGGCAGGCCCACCUACAGCGACUUCUUGGCUUUCCUGGACAAGGAGCCCCGCGCCCUCACCUCCUUCCACGUCAUCGAGACGCGGGAGCCCCCCCGGCGCCUGGCCCUGACGCCCACCCACCUGCUCUUCGUGGCUGAGAAUGCCUCGGCGCCCGCCACCCACUUCCAUCCCACCUUCGCCAGCCGUGUGCGCCCCGGACAUUUCGUGCUGGUGGCGGUGGGGGGAGGUGGUUUGCAGCCCGCUGAGGUGGUAGGGGUGCAGGACCGGAGGGAUGUGGGAGCCUACGCCCCGCUGACGCGCCACGGGACGCUGGUGGUGGAUGGCGUGGUGGCCUCAUGCUUCGCCCUGGUGCAGGAGCAACAUCUGGCGCAGCUGGCCUUCUGGCCGCUCCGGCUCUACCACAGCCUGGUGGGGUGGUCAGGGGUGCAGGGGGACGGGGUGCACUGGUACUCGGGGCUGCUCUACCGCCUGGGCAGGCUGCUCCUGCCCCCCGACAGCUUCCACCCCCUGGGGGUACCCCAGGCAGAGAGCUGAGGGUGCACCCCGGCCGGCACUGCUGGCGGAGGCGGUGGCUGUGGGGUGGCUCAGUGGGGGCCAGCAUCCCCUCCCAAAGCUGGGUGCUCAUGGGGAGCUGCCUCCAGCCCUGCCUGCUCGGGGCACAGCCACCUCCCAGUUAGGGGGCACUGGGGCUCCCCGGUGUGCCUCCUCCAUGCCCACCGCCCCCUCCUCACCCCCUGUUCCUGGGGGCAAGGGGGGAGGCAGGAAGGGUCCCCCCUUGGACAUGGGGGUGCUCCCGGCUGGAUCCACAUGCUGCUAUUUGUGUGUGUGCGUGUGAUGUGCGUGUGCGUGUGCAGAAUUAGCUAACGAUGGAGGUCUGAUAGACGAGGGAGAGCAGGGAGAGGAGAGAGCCCUUGGCUGCAGGCUGCUCCCGCAGGGCUCCCAGCCUGCCUGCACCCGCGGGGGAGGAUUUGGGAACGGGGACCCAGUGCCAUUUUCUGAGCAGCCCGGGCAGGAGGGUGGGUGAUGCCAUUCCCACCCCUGGGAGGUGGCAGCUGGCAGGAGGGUGACCCAGGUACUGGGACUGUGCCUUGCCUUUAGCCCUGGAUGAGGGUAUAGCAGGGCAUCAAAACCAGCCCCUGUGUGCCUGGGGGGCACAGACAGAGCUGGAGGGUCUGGCAUGGCUCUGGCGCAAGACCCAUGACUUGAUGGCACAAGUGACGCUGGAGCCAGAGGCUGGGGAGCAGGACCCCGUGCUUUGCCCAAAGCCAGCACCGUAGCCACCCAGCUGGGCAUGCCCGUGGGGACACCGUGACAGCACUGGGAGCUCUGGCUGGCAAGAGGAGGCUGGGGAGGCAGGCGUGUGGGCAGCAGGGUGCGAGUGCCAGCCGGGCAUGGGCACGCACUGGGUGGGAGCAGGGGUGGGGAGAGCCAGGGCUGCAACCCCAGCCUGCUGGAGCCAGGGAAGGAAAGCGUCUGGGGAGAAAGCGCUCCCACCCUUGCCUUCCCAGCAUCCUGUCCUGAGCUGGCUCAGCCCAAAGCCAGGCUUUUCCCACCCCAAAGCUAAAAAACUCCCCAUGCUCCAGACCCUGCCUUGGCCUCACCUCCCCGGCCUCCCCAGCACCCCGAACCCUCAGGGUAACUCAUUGCUGCUCACCCACUCCUGGGACCCUGGCGGGGCGGGUUCCCAUCAGAGCUGCAGCCACACAACUCCCCCCCAAAUCCUAGCUAGAGCCUCAGCCUCCCCCUGCUCCACAUUAGCGGAGGUGAGGGGGCUGGGGGGGGCUGUUGUGACCCGCAUCCCCCCUGCAGCAUCACGCGUCUUUAUUUAUUUAUCUGCUCUUUGUAUGUACCAUAGAUGGGAGGCAGCGUGGGCGAUUGCAGGGUGAGAUGGGAGCG